GCUGAAUUUGAUAACAAACACAAACCUAUAUACUUGGAGUCUUUGAAUUGCAGAAUUUCAUACUAAAGAAUAACAAGAAAACAGAGAUCGAUAUAGAGAGACGAAGUAAUCAUAAAAAGUCAAUCAAAUUGAUAAGGAUAACAAUGGAGAUUUGUUGUUCCUUGCAGAGUAUGGCCAACAAAAUAGGUCCUCAUGGAAGUUUGAUAUUAGUUCAGAUUAUAACAGCAAGUUAUGUAGUAUUAAGUAAAGUUAUAAUGGUUCAGGGAAUUAGUUCUACUGUGUUCUUAGUUUAUCAAUUCAUUCUAGCUACUCUUUUCAUGGGAUUUCUCGCUCUCAUCUUUGAAAGAAAGAAGAUGCCUCCUCUUACAAAGCAAAUCUUAGGAGGCAUAUUUUUGUUGGCUUUGAUUGGAGUGACAAUAGCACAGAUUAUGUUAGCAACGGCACUUUACUUCAUUUCAAGUACAUUUGAAUCAUCAGUACUUAAUAUGAUACCUGCAAUCACAUUCGUUCUUUCGCUUAUCACAAGACAAGAAAAACUUCAACUACACACAUUGUGGGGAAUUGGCAAAAUCUUUGGAACUUUGUUGUCAAUUUCUGGUGCAUUGGUUCUUAUGUUUUGGCGUGGAGGAUCACUAACUGAAGCAGCAAAAUCUUCAUCUCCUAAUAAUUUCAUCUCCAUCGGCAUGGGUAUGAGUGUUAGUACUACGACUGUUGGUUUAGUUAUGGUCGUUAUAGGCGUUCUCGCUUUCAGUACAUGGAUUUUAAUGCUGGAGCCGAUGACAAGAAGGUAUCCAGCUGAGUUAUCCAUGACUACUAUAAUGUUUCUAUUUGCAACACUGCAAACAGGGAUAGUAGCUAUUAUCCUUAACCGUGAGGCAUCCCAGUGGCAACUGAAGUGGGAUUUAGAGCUCCUCAAUAUCGUAGUUGGUGGAGCUUUAAAUAGUGGAUUGGCAAACUUUUUUGUGGCAUGGUGUGCGGGACUAAAAGGCCCUGUAUUUGUAGCCUCUUUUGCUCCUCUGGGUCUUCUUUUCACCACCAUCUUAGAAACCAUAUUUCUAGGCCAAACAAUGGGCACUGGCAGUAUUUUUGGGUCAGUGAUGAUAAUAGUGGGGCUAUACAUAUAUCUCUUGUCCAAAGCUCAAGAAGAAAAAUACCAAAUAUUGAUAGAAGCUGGUGACCUUGAUGAUCAAAUGACUUCGUCACUUCUACAAAACAAUCAAAUUCAACAAUGCUAAAGCUAAAUGAACUGAUGUGGAUUAGUUCAUCCUCGCGACUGUUCAAUACUCGAGGCACAUACUACCUUUUUUUCCCUCUCCGUGUUAAUCAGGCAGGCUAUUUUUUGAAGCUGGAUGGCCUUUUAGCACACUCGACUAAUAUGUCCUGGUUUUGAUACAUACAAGUUUUAUAGCGUACUAACCUUGGUCCAAUGAGACUGAACGUUAUUCUGAUUGUCUACAUUAACCUUGUUCAAAUCAGAAAGAUAAUCUUCUAGCAUAUUAUGAUUUAUGUAACUAUUGAGCUUGUGAAACUGGGAAAUAAAAUGAGAAAAGUGAAACAAACUGAAUUGUUAAGGCUCUAGAAGGGGUGACCAGUCUGGGAGAGAUUUCCGAGAAAGCUUAUCACAGAGGUAGCUCAUAUUCAAACAUUUAGCUGCAGGUUCAUGUUUCAAGACAUCACUUCCUUUGAAAGACAUUUUCUGUAAGACCUCAUCUUAUUAUUAUGAAUUUACAUAAGCGUA